AUGUCUCUAUUAGAUUCUCCGGUCGAAAUACGGGAAAACUCUAUUCAAUUCUCGAUGGAAACGGAGUUUUGCGAAUUCUCCCCAGAACUGGAAGAUCAUUUCGAGAUCUUCGAACAUAUUCGAGGGUUCAAUGUGACUAUUGUCACUUCGUCCAACACACAAGAUGAGACUUUACCCCUGUGGAGCGGCUUUUUGCAAAAAGAUGAGGCGCCGAUUCUGGCCCUGCGCGUGGGCGUCGGACCCACCAAGAUAGAGAGAGCCGUCGCUCAGUCCUGGCCACCGCAUGGACAACCUUCACUGCCGGCAGCCGAGGCUCUUCUAGUUAGGAGCCAGAGCUCGAAAACUGACCAGCCACCCAAAGAGGAGAAGCCCUCUCUAGCCAGAAAAUUGUCUCCUUCCCAUCAAACCACAGGCAUCCCAAGUGAAGGACUAAGUUGCACGACUCUGGAAUUAUGCCAGAGAAAAAGUGGGCCCGAGUCCAAGCGCGAUGAGGUUUUUGCUAUAAUAAAAGAAGGGAAAAGGGGGCGAGGAGAGUUAAUUUGUUGUUACUACAUUUAA